ACCUGGUGACUCAAUAAUCGGUCAUUUUGUUUAUAGAAUAAAACAGGCCCAAUAAGUUUGAUCUGCAUCUGCUGUUGGAGAGCAACAUGAACCCUAGCAUGGAAGAGCCUCGGGAGAGGACGGUCAGGUUGGUGGAUGGUCUUGAGAUAUUCACACCUCCGGCGGGUUCUGUUCGGUAUGGUAUUGGGAGAACUCAAGUUGAAAACACACCUGAAAGGCGUCACAUCUGGAGCAAAGCGAUGGAAUUUUUAGGGGAACCAAUUCCGGAUCAUAUUCUGAAGGAGCAGUCUUCUCUGCCUUAUGGAAAUCCCUCUCGGUGUCCGGAUGCAAUAAUUCCUGAAUUUCGGACUUUAGUCCGAGACCGGAUCUUUGAUGUUUUCGUAUGCCUCCGAGAUCUAAAGCUAGGAACACGAGUAGUCAAUGAUGCGUCAAAUGAGGACCUCAAAAAAGCGGCGCAAUGCUUUGAGCAGAAAUUGUACCAGACUUCCUCUCAGUCUAAAUAUACGGACAUGACAGUUGUGGCAUGGCGCUUAGCUAAGGAAGUAUCUCCUGUUGUAAAGAAAACACAAAAAGAUUAUGAAAACGAAAUUGAACGUUUGAAGAAUAUGCUUCAGGAAGUGAGGGCUAGCGACAACGAGGAAGUUGAGCGUUUGAAAAAGAGGAAGAAGAUUCAGAAAUUGAAGGCUAGAAAGUGCAGAGAGGAGUGUAAUUGCUUGAAAAAUAUAGUUCAAGAAAUUGAGGCUAGUUACAGAGAUGAGAUUGAAGGUUUGAGGAAGAUGAUACAGAAACUAGAUUCCAGUUGCAAAGAGGUGAAUGGACCCCUGAAGAAGAGGAAGAAGAUUCUGAAAUAGACUGUUAUAAAUAAAGGGAGGAGGAGAAGAAGAUUCUGAAUGUGGAAGGCUGAAGAAAAAUGAAGGUUAGAAAUUACUGUCAAAAUUUCUGAAGGCUAGAAACUGGUAAGUAUAAGAUUUUGAAGGUUGCUGAAGGCAAAACAAGUGUUUAAAAUAAGUUAUAUAUGAAUGAGGUUGUUGACGCCACCUUUCAUUGUUGUUGCCAUUGUAAAUUUGUAACUGCUAAUGCCACCGCCAUCAUUUACGAUGAAGUAUUCGUGUUUUGUUUAAAUCCAUAUGCUUUGAAUCCCUUUAACUAUUGAAAUCUGGAUUUAAAUUGAAUUGUUUAAAUCAAUUCAGGUCUUUUAA